UAGUUUUUCCUAUAUAAUAAUGUUUCAUCAGAGAAAGCAAAGGACUCACAGGAUUAUCAUUGGGGGAUUUUGGAUAAAACACCAAAUCAUAAGGAAUGGAUCCGACCCUGUAUAAUGCUGCGAUGAGAGGCAAUAUCGGAGAUGCCAAUUUUCUACUUGCUGAUCAUUUGAAAAGGGAUGAAGAAAAUGGCUACCAAGUCACUCCAAAGGGAAACACGGUCCUCCAUGUCUCAGCCCUCUAUGGCCGCUCCCAUUUCGUGAGAGAAGUCCUUAAGAUUACUCCGGCAAUGUUAUUCUGUCAAAACAAGAAAAAUGAAACCACUCUUGCACGCAUAGAAGAUCCUAGUGGAGAUCCUACUGCCAUGUCAUGAUGAUGACGGAUGCUAGUGGAGAUACAACCCUGCACAAGGCCGUGCAGAGCCAACAUCUAGAUGUGGUUAAGCUCUUGGUGAAAGAAGAUCCUGAAUUUGAAUUUCUGCCUAACCAUGCGCAGGAGACACCACUAUAUUUGGCGGCUGAAUAUGAUUUUCAUGAUUCUUUAAUUAAUAUCUUGGAGUACUGCAAGAAACCAACUUAUUCUGCAGGUCCAUCUAAUAGAACGCCGCUGCAUGCAGCAGUAAUUCAUGAACAUGAAGAUUGCAUUAGAUCACUAUGGCGAUGGAAUAAUCCUUUAUGCGAGGAACCUAACUUAUGGGGUUGGAAUUCACUGCACUAUGCUGUUAAAUUAGGAGUGGAAGACGUAGUUUCUGAUAUGCUGGCGUGGAAAACAUCCUUAGUGUACCUUCCGGCAAGCAAUGAAAAUGAUUGGACGAGAGCGAUUCACAUUGCAGCCAGUGAAGGUGACAUAAACAUGAUAAAUAAGCUAUUAAAUCACCGCCCUGAUUGUCGCGAUAUGUUUAACAGAAACAAUCAAAAUGCUCUUCAUGUUUCCGUAUUGAACAAUCAAGACAAGGUAGUCUGCUCCUUAUUAGACUCUGAUAAGUGCGACAGCCUUGUUGAUGAGCCAGAUCGUGACGGCAACACUCCUCUUCAUUUGCUUGCUGUCUCUGGUAACCAUGUGCCUGAAUUAAUAAACCAUCCUAGAGCAAAGAAGAUGUCAUUUAUCAAAGAAAACCAGACUAAGCGGCCGCACAUUUGUUUUUCAAGUAUUGGUUGCGCUUGAGUAUAUGCUGAUGAAAUAUUGAAAUACUAGUUUACGGAUUUUGUCAAGUGAAAGAGUGGUUCACAUUCACUCUCAAAUUUUCAGCUUUUUGUCCAAAUACAAAGUAGUUCCAAAAAACAUCAAAUACUCCUUUUCAAGUUCAAAUGCCUCCGUAUUAUAUGCUAAUUAUCUUCAGCUUUUUGUCCAAAUACAAGUAGUUCCACAAAACUUCAGAUAACUUCUGAAGUUAUUUUGUGCUUGCAAGAGUAGAAUAAUAAUGACUCAAUAUAAACUAUUCUAUUGAUGAAAAUAGGAGAAAUUGAUGGAGGAUUUGUGUAGCAUUGGCUAAUUUGGAAAAUGUGACUUUGAGUUAAAGCGGAAGUACGAGUACAUGCACAAUCCAAAUGAUGAAAUGGGAACAGGAGUCAAAAUGCGACUGAGGGAAGAUGAUCACGAUAAAGCUGAAAAGGCAGAUCAAACAGAAGUCGAAAGUAUUAUGAAAGUAGCUCAAAUCCAUAUUGUUGAGGACACUUUGAUAAUGACAGUCACUUUCGCCGCUAGUAUCACAUUGCCAAGAGGUUUUGAGAGUGACCCUGAUAGCUCUAAUAAAGGGAUGGCGAUUCUAACAAGGAAAACAACAUUUCGUGCAUUUGUUGUUUCCGAUGCCAUUGCCUUCACAUGCUCAGCUGUUCACAUAUUCAUCUACUUUGUCAUGGUAAAUGUAAGUACAAAGCUCCAACAUAAACAUAUAGAGAAGCUUUGUAAUCGCGCAAUUAUUUUUCUGUGCUUGUCAAUGUUAGCAGUUGUAAUUGCAUUCGCAACUGGUAUGGUCGCUACUUUAUCACAUUCACUUGGUUUUGCCGUUACUGUCUGUUUCAUAGGUUGCCUCUCUAUUUUAUUGUA